AUGAAAAACAAACUUCUAUUCUACAUUCUCGUUUUACAAUUUAUAACUUUUUGCGGUGCCACUGGAUUGAAUAAACAAUAUCCGAAAUGCGUGAACUCAAAUCGCCCAAUUUUUGAAACCAAGCCAACUUAUUUUGUGUAUGUUAUAGAUCGGACAGCUGCAAAACCUGUGAGUUAUGACAAUUUUGAGACGAAAGUGUCUAGAGAAAAAUAGCAGGUUUUAAAACGGACCCAAAAUUCGGGUCAUUUUUGAAGAACACAUAUUUGCUUAUUACUCUAAAGAAGUUCAUUCAGAAUUUUUGUGGACACAUUCAAAUGUUAUCUCAAAAAUCGGGCAUAGUCUGAUUCUUACCCAAAGCAGACAAAUUAUAUCUUUUUCCCGAAACAGUCUAAAUUCAGCUGUCAAAAACUCCCAGGAAUUUUUUUCGUUUCAGUCUGAAGAGGUUUUGUACAUUCUGAAACAAUUCACAUGUUCAAUUCCUCACGAUGAACAAUUCAAAGUGUUGAUCUUGGAAUAUACAGCGAAUGAAUAUUAUUUGGAAGGACCAUUGAAUAUUGAAGAUGUUCCGAAUACUAUUUUUGCUGGCGGGUUUGAUCAAGGUUAUUAGAAUCAAACACCUCUCCUCUUACAUUUUUGAAUUUUCCAGACCUACUGAACUAUUAUCACUGUCCAAGAUUCAAAUCCGCUCUAACUUCCAAACUCCGUGAAAUCGUCAAUUAUUCCGAAUCCAUCGAAAAUGUUCAUUUCAUAGUUCCAAUUUUUAACCAUGCUUCUGAUCGAGAUGAUUGUUCAAUGUUUCAAAUUUUCGAUCAAACAAUUCAUACAUUUAAUAUUGGACAAAAUUUCAGUUUUCAUGGAAUUCAAUUUGAUGGAAAACCUGAUAAACAAACCAAAGAACUUGAGAGAAUUGCAUUUGGAAUUGAAGAUUCGGAAAUUAUAAAAAUUGAUGAACCAUUAAUGAGUGGAGUUAGAAAAAAUCCAUAUUAUGAGAAAGUUAAGGAUAUUGUGAAAAAUCUUGAAGUUCUGUAAGUUUUUCAAAAAAGUUCUGAUCUAAAAUUAACUCUUAUUUUCUUGGCAUAUGCUUCAAUUUCUUUGAUUUUUAAAAAAUCAAUUUCUUUGAUUUUUUACAGCUAUCAGAACAUCACUGAAAUACCUGACAACUCAACAAACAUUCAAAUCACACCUCAAAAAUCCACCAGAAAACCCACAAAUUCUAACAUUUCUUCUGAUCUUCACAAUCAAAAUCAGCAAAUCAAAGAAGAAAACACCGAUUUUCUAACUAUUAUCAUUAUUGGAUUGGUUGUUCUGGCUGUAAUUAUGAUUGUGAUUUGUAUUUGUUGCUGGUUUUUUAUGUGGAAAAAAUCGGCGGAUCGAAGAAAAGAGCGGACUGAGAGUCGAUCAAAAAGUCCGACUGCAAAAACACCGAAAUCUGGAACACCUGGAAGAUCACCGCCGAGAGUUUCGUUGUCCGGACCGGAUAGUAUUGAUGAAUUUUAUGUGGGUUUUGAGGGAGCGGAGAAUUUCACUGUUUCAAAAUUUUUGUUAGGAAAAUAAUGUAAACUUUAUUUUGAUUAAUAUUUGUGAAAAGACGAAACAUGUUCUUAAUUUUCAAGUUUUGAGAAAUUUUACUGUUUCAAAAAUUAGAUAUUGUAAUUUUAUUAUUGAAUUUAAUUAUGAACCUUUCAACUUUCAGAUUGAUCCAUCGAGAGAACAAACUCCAAAUUCUCGAACUCCAACUUCUGGAACUCCAUCCCGUUCGAAAUCCCCAAUCAGCAAAAGCAAAGAAAUUGUCUAA